AUGAUCCUUUUGGCUCUUGAUUUCAAAGAUAUUAAUGAAAGUUUUUAUUCAGAAGACGGAAAAAGCCUCAUUAAAGUCAAUGAUACAUCACCAUAUCUCAGAAUAUCAGCUAAAUGCGAAAAAAUACAAAAUGAAUGCUUUAAUGGAUUGAUUUCAUUAAUUUCAUUUUCAUUUGAAGACAACCCAAACUUAACAACAAUUGGAUCAAAUAGUUUUAAUGAUUGCCUGUUUCUUACUACUAUAAAUUUAUCAUAUUGCAAUAAACUUAAAUAUAUACGCGAGAAAGCAUUUUAUGGUUGCAAUAGAGUUGAAAAAAUACUCUUACCAAAAGGACUUCUUGAAAUAAGUUCUGGGGCUUUUAUAUAUUGUAAUUUAAUAAAAAGUAUUUUAGUCCCAGCAUCUGUUGAAAAAAUUGGUGAUAGGGCAUUUGUUUCCUGCUCUAAGCUAGAAAAUGUUACUUUUGAAGAAGGUUCAAAUUUAACUUCAUUAGAACAUCAUGUAUUUUAUGAUACUAACAUUACUUCGUUUCAAAUUCCAGAAAAAGUCUCUAAAAUUAAUGGAGCAGCAUUUUCUGAUGCAAAAUUAACAAAUCUUACAAUUCAUCCUAAAAAUAAAUUCUUUGUAAUUGAAAAUAACAACUUUGUUUUAUCUCCAAAUAAAAUUAUUUUAUUCUUUAUUUGUAACAAAUCAUCAGAAAUUCCAGAUAGUGUCACAACUUUAGGAGACAGUUGUUUUGAGAAUUCUAAUAUUAAAUCAAUAACAUUUCCAAAUUCAGUCAUUUCUUUGGGUGAAAAUUGCUUUUGGGGUACUAAUUUUCAAACAAUAGAACUUCCAGGUUCUCUCAUAACAAUUGGAGUGGGAUGCUUUUUCGGUUCACCUAUCAAUAGCAUAACUAUCCCAGAAAAUGUAAAGAACAUUAAUAGUUAUGCAUUCAAUUUUUGCACUAAUUUGACAAAUAUCACAUUUUUAGGACCUUUUGAUUACAUUGGCCGCGGUGUAUUUGAGUAUUGCAUUAGCCUCGAACUCAUUAUUUUUCAUUGCCCACCAUUUAUCAUUUUUGGAGAUUAUUUCAUUUCGCGUACUUCACCUGAUUGUACAAUGUGUUUUGCAAAUAAGACUUUGUUUUCAAAUGAAACAAUUCAAAAAAUAUGCAUGUAUCGGUUUCAUAUAUAA